CAACGCAACGCCGCUGCUGGCCGGCUGUGGCUCGCGCGGCCAGUACCGCCGGGCUCAGUAAAACGCGCGGACGUCGCAACGCAAACAAACAAACACGCCAUCAUGAGGACUUGUGUACAGUUCGCGUAUUUACUCGCUUCUAUUGCUUAUGCAAGCGCAGGAAUUCUUCUGCAAAAUGCGCCACAAUGUCCUGAACAACACGGAGUUCAGGCGUACGCGCAUCCAGAGCUUUGCGACCAGUUCUUCCUGUGUACAAACGGCACGUUGACAGUAGAGACGUGCGAGAAUGGAUUACUGUUCGACGGCAAAGGCGCUGUGCACAACCACUGUAACUACCACUGGGCUGUGGAGUGUGGAGAGAGGAAAGCUGAUUUGACGCCGUAUUCUACACCCGGUUGCGAGUACCAGUUUGGAAUCUACCCGGACAGUCACGAGUGCUCCACCAGCUAUGUUAAGUGCGCCUUCGGUAUCCCCGAGCAGGAGCCCUGCACGCCCGGACUCGUCUAUGAUGAGAGGAUCCACGGGUGCAACUGGCCUGAUCUCCUGCAGCCUUACUGUAACCCUGAAGCUGUCAUCGGAUUCAAAUGCCCAACGAAGGUGCCAUCUCACUCGCAAGCGGCGAAGUUCUGGCCGUUCCCCAGAUUCCCGGUCCCCGGUGACUGCCACAGACUGAUCACCUGCGUGGAAGGUCAACCACGUUUGAUCGCCUGUGGUGAAGGCAAGGUAUUCGACGAUCAGAGCCUCACCUGCGAAGACCCAGAGCUGGUUCCCCACUGUGGUCAUGCGUAAUUCCUUCUACUCAAAACUUUGUAUAUUGCAAAACGAAAACGAAUUUUUAAUAUCUUCCACCUCUCAAUAACUUGAACAAUUUUUAAAUUAACAUUUUAAUGACGGUAAAAUAUAAAUAGGGAGACGAAUAAUCUAAUUUUGCUAUUUUCCUUUUCGUUUUGUGAUAUUUUAUUUAAUUUAAUGAAAAACAACAAAAAAAAAAUACUGGAAAUAUUUCCACCGAAUCCUAUUUAUUUCAGUAACUCUUUUUUCAUUCAAAUCGAUGUAACAGGAGAUUUUUUUUUAUAUUUUCUUAAUCAAUUCUCAUCUCGUACUUUGUCCUACAUUAUUUUACAUGUAAAGUUAUUGAUAACAGAUUGAAUUGAACGUGAUAUUAGUUACCGUAGAAAUAUAACUAUAUGUUGUGUUAACAUUUCGAGAGUAUAUAUAUUUAAAUAAAGUCUAUGUAAAUAACUUCGACGAACAAAAUGUAAAUAAAAAAAAUAUUAUGUGAAAAAAAUAAAACAAUAUAUUUAAAA